GAUGGCGGGGGACAGCGAGCAGCGGCUGGAGGAGCAGGGGCAGCCGAGCGGCGGGGAGCCCUUCCUCAUCGGCGUGAGCGGCGGCACGGCCAGCGGCAAGUCCUCAGUCUGCUCCAAGAUCGUCCAGCUGCUGGGCCAGAACGAGGUGGACUACCGCCAGAAGCAGGUGGUGAUCGUGAGCCAGGACAGCUUCUACCGAGUUCUCACCUCGGAGCAGAAAUCCAAAGCACUCAAAGGCCAGUUCAACUUUGACCACCCAGACGCCUUCGACAACGAGCUCAUCGUCAAGACGCUCAAGGAGAUCACGGAAGGGAAGACGGUCCAGAUCCCCGUCUAUGACUUUGUCUCCCACUCCAGGAAAGAGGAGACGGUGACCGUGUACCCCGCUGAUGUGGUGCUCUUUGAAGGCAUCCUGGCCUUCUACAGCCAGGAGGUGCGGGACCUCUUCCGCAUGAAGCUCUUUGUGGACACAGACGCGGACACCCGGCUGUCCCGCAGAGUGCUACGAGACAUCAGCGAGCGAGGCAGGGACCUYGAGCAGAUCUUGUCUCAGUACAUCACCUUCGUCAAGCCUGCCUUCGAGGAGUUCUGCUUGCCAACCAAGAAGUAUGCAGACGUGAUCAUUCCCAGAGGAGCAGAUAAUGAAGUGGCCAUAAACCUGAUAGUGCAGCACAUCCAGGACAUUCUUAACGGCGGACUCAGCAAACGCCAGAGCAACGGCUACCUGAACGGCUACACUCCGCCCCGCCAGCGGCAGCCCUCAGAGUCCAGCAGCCGGCCCCACUGACGGCGGGCGCGGGGCUGGGCCGCGGGCCCCUCUGUACAUACUGUCUGUCCAUCCCCCCCUUAUCUAUUUAAGAAACCAGACGGAGACAAAUGCCUUUAAUUUUGUAUGUUGGAAAUGCCGAUGGAGAAGCAGCCGGCCGCUUGGGAGCCCGGACCGCUCGCAGCUCCCGGCCUUGCUCAGUACCUCCUCCAGCACGGAACCGGCUAUAAAUCUCUAUAAAUAUAGAAUUGCUCUAUUUUUGUGUAAACGCAGAAUAA